UGCCGGACAUAGCCCAGCUAUUGCAUCCAGCUCAUGGUGUUUGACCAAGCUUCAGCAUGUCCAGGAGGAAGAUCUCGUCCGAAUCGUUCAGCUCGCUGGGAUCUGACUAUCUUGAGACCAGCCCGGAGGAAGAGCCAGAAUGCCCCUUGGCUCGGAUGUGCUGGAAUGGGAGCAAAAGCCCCACGGGGUCGCAGGAGCGGCAGCCAGCCCCGGUGCUUGGCCCCAGGAGGACCACCAGGAGGAGAAGGGUGAACCUGGACUCCCUGGGGGAGAGCAUAAGGAAGCUUACUUCUCCCACGCCUCAGACCAUUCAGCAGACGCUCCAGAGAACGAUGCAGCUUUAUGAGCAUCAAGUCAUUGGCUGUCCGGAUACCGAGAAGAAUCUGCACAAUGCCUCACUGAAAUGUCCGUACGCAGGGCUCUCCGGUAAGGAAGAUUUAGAAGACGUCUCAGGAAUUCUGCAGCGCACAGCAAAUGUUCUGGGUCUCAAGUUUGAAGAAUUACAAGAAAGAUUUGGCGAAGAGUUCUUCAGCCUUUGCUUUGAGGAGAAUGAAAGGGUCCUCCGAGCUGUUGGUGGGACUUUGCAUGACUUCUUCAAUGGAUUUGAUGCUUUGCUAGAACAUAUUAGGACUUCAAUCGGAAGACAGGUGUUUCUGGAAUCCCCUUCUUUCCUAUGCAAAGAGCUUGCUGAUGGGACCCUUGUACUCAGUUGCUUCCAUCUCCAUCCCAUCGUAGCGUUCGCCAUGCUUGGUAUGAUAACGGCAGUGGCAAAGAAGAUCUACCAGCUCAAAGUUGUAGUGGAACAGAUAAACAACGUCAAUGAGAAUGUGGUCCCUGAAUUUAUUAACCCGGGUAACUGUAACACUCUUUACUUUACAAUUAAGGAAUGUGAAAACGCAAAUAUCACUAAAUUACCUCUGACUAGAUCGUCUCGAGUUCCAUCUGAUUUGAGUAUAAGUAUCAACACGUUCUGUCGAGCAUUCCCCUUCCACCUGAUGUUUGACCCAAGUAUGCUGAUCGUGCAGCUCGGAGAAGGACUUAGAAAGUUGAUAAAGUGUGAAGUUUACAAAAUGAACAAGUUUCACGACAAUUUUGAAAUAGUGUCCCCAAACAUUAUCUGUACCUUUGAACAGGUCCUCUUGAGACUGUCUACACCCUUUGUCAUACGGAAUAUUCUAAACUCUUCCAGUGUGGAGAAUGACAAGGUGAUGGAGGUGAAAGGACAGAUGAUAUACGUUCCUGAGUCCAAUUCUAUUCUUUUUUUGGGUUCGCCACGUGUUGACAAACUGGACGAGCUGAUGAGGCGAGGCUUGCAUCUUUCCGAAAUACCCAUCCACGAUGCCACCCGUGAUGUAAUCCUAGUUGGAGAGCAGGCUAAGGCUCAGGAUGGCCUCAAAAAGCGAAUGGAUAAACUGAAAGACACAUUAGAAAAAACCCAUCAGGCUUUGGAGGAGGAGAAGAAAAAGACAGUGGAUCUCUUGUAUUCCAUAUUCCCAGGAGACGUGGCUCAGCAACUCUGGGAAGGGAAGUCUGUUCCGGCUAGGAAGUUCUAUGAUGUGACCAUGCUCUUCUCCGAUAUUGUGGGGUUCACAGCCAUCUGUGCACAAUGCACUCCAAUGCAAGUGAUUAGUAUGCUGAAUGAACUGUACACAAGAUUCGAUUACCAGUGUGGAUUCCUGGACAUAUAUAAGGUAAUCAGAGGAGUAACUAGAUCCUUUAGGGCCCCGGUGCAAGAAACAAUGAAGGUCCCCCGCCCCCCAAACCCUCCGCCGCCAUGGGAAGGCACUAUAAUCAGGCUCCGAGUGGUUAACAGGAAGGCGGCUGAGGUGCCCAGCAAGCGCGGGACCUCAGGCAGCCGUUUCAGUUUAAAAAUGUCGUGCUGGUGA